AUGAACAGAAAGGCCAUGAUUUCACUUUCCCCACUUUUACUGUGUACAGUGCUGUGUACAGCCCUCACACAGGUCACACCCUCCUCACCUGACACCACAAAUUAUUAUUUUCUAUCAAGAGAGCCAUCGUCAUCAAUUCUUAAUAUUAUCCAUCAAGAACACACUGAUAAUAUUAUAAUAAUUAAUGAUUGGCUUAAUGAUCUUGCCAUCUCCUAUUGUGUGAUGUUAAUUUACGCACUCAUCAUGCUAGCCAUGUCCCUCCAGAAUCAUCUUUCCACAGGAGAGCAAUUUCUCAAUGAUGAAGAAGUAUCCUCAUCAAUAGAGACUCAACACACAUCUUCUCAGAUAACAACAGAGGAGAGUGAAGGCAAUGAUCAUGGCGAUAAGGAGGUGGACGAUCUGAAUAUGAGUAUGAUCGAAAUGGUACCCGAGAUUGUUGAAGAAGGUGGCUCCCAAGAUUUUCCAUCCAUUGAAACACAGAAUCCUCUCACCAUCUCAACUCUCUACUCCCAUUCCAAGAUAACAGAAGGUAAUGAUGAUAAGGAAGGUGAAGAUUCUGAUACGCUCGAAGAAAGUUCCUUUGAUUUAUCUUACAUUGAAACACCACGAAGAGAAUCAAAAGACUUGCAUCAUGAUUACAGUCCUAGUGAUGCAUCAACCAUAACUCCAAGAAGCCAAUCAGAUUUGGAUCGCUCAGACCUCAGUAUUGUGUCCUCUCCAAAUGAUGAAGAAUCAACGUUACUAGAUUGUUCUCUCAAUCAUGAUGAUUUUGAAAUCAAUGAACAAUUUACUGAACCACCACCAUCAGAAACAACUUCUUUUGAAGAAUUAAUGGCAAGAAACCUUGAACGUAUCACAUCAUUAAACAGUGAAGUAAUGAAUGAAUUUGCAAAGGAAGCAAGUAUAAUCCUUGCACAACUUCAAGACAUUAAGGGUUACAAUAAUGUGGAAGAAGUUGAGAAAGAAGAAUUUCUUUUCAGCCUUGCAAUGGAAAUCUAUGAAACAAGAUUAAUCAGAAUGGAUGUGGAGGCCCAAAGAAUUAAUCUCAAAAUUCAAAACCUUACAAUUUAG